GCGGCCAGGCUGCGCCCGCAGGCCCCGCCCCUACUGCUCGCGCCUGCCUGUUGCUAGGAGUCAGACACGCAGGCGCUUUGGGGGCGACCGCGGGACACGCCGGGCCAGCGAUCGCUCGGUCCUCCGCUGCUCGCUCCUGACGGUUGCUAGGAUCGAGAACGCCCGAGCUCUCUGGGUAGGGCCGGGGGAGUUGCUGGGCCAGCGAUCGCUCGGCUCUCCGCUGUUCACAUCUGCCGGUUGCUAGGAGAGAAACGCAGGCGCGGUGGGGACUGCCGUGGGGCAUGCCAGACCAACGAUCGCUCCGCCCUCUGCGGCUCGUGGCUGUCAGUUGCUAGGAGUCAGACACGCAGGCGCCCUGGGGGCGGCCAUGGAACAUGCUGGACUAGCGAUCGCUCGGCCCUCCACCGCUCGAGCCUGUCGGUUGCUAGGACUCGGGAACGCGCAGGCGCGCUGGGCCAGCCGCGGGGCAUGCCGGUCCAACGAUCGCUCGGCCCUCGGCUGCUCAUGCCUGUGGGUUGCUAGGAGUCGGGAACGCGCAGGCGCGCUGGCGGCUGCCGCGGGGCAUGUCGGGACUACAGUCUUUCGGUCCUCCGCUGCUCUCGCCUGCCUGUUGCUAGGAGUCGGCGACGCCGGCCCGGCCAAAGCUGCACGGUCGCGGGGUGUCUCCCCGGGUCGGGCUUGGUGCGCGGAGCGCAGCGCCGCCUCCCGGGCCUCCGAGUAGCGAUGGAGCCCGGAAAGAGAAGAACCAAAGAUGACACUUGGAAAGCAGAUGACCUCAGAAGACACCUUUGGGCUGCACAGUCAGGAAGUCCCAAGGAAGAAAAGAAGCCCAGAGGAAAGAAGCUGCAUAAGGAGCCCGAAAUGGUCCUUCCUGAGCCCCCAGCGCAGAAGCACAGGGACCCCGACCUGGACCCCAAGUGCAGAGAGAGGGUGGCUGAGAGGGACGGCCACCCCAGCAGGGAGAGUGCUCGCGGGGAGAGAGACCGCGAAAAGCUACGGGAGAGGAGGCGGGACGCCAGGGAUCGGGACAGAGAGAGGCUUCGUGACAAGUCCCGAGAACAGGAUGCAGACAAGCUUCAUAUUCGAGGCAAAGACAGAGAGAAGGACGGAGACCGCCGAGCAUGCAAGGAGCAGCCCCGGGCAGGCGCACACCGCGACCUGCUGGGCGGGGCGGGGCAGGGGCGCAGCAGGCGGGCAGUAAGUAAAGCAAGAACCGAAGGCAGGGAAAGGAAAGAUGAAGACUGUGAAAGAGGAGAUGAAGAGAGAGAAAGAAGAUACCGAGAAAGAAAGUUGCAGUAUGGUGACAGUCAAGACAAUCCUCUUAAGUAUUGGCUUUAUAAAGAAGAAGGUGAAAGGCGGCACAGGAAGCAGAAAGAACCAGACCGAGAAAAGAAACAUCGAGAAAAAAUCAGCACAAGGGAAAAAAGAGAGAAUUAUUCAAAAGAAAAAAGUAGUUCGUUCUCUGACAAGGAAGGGGAAGAAAGACACAAAGAAAAGCGACAUAAAGAGAGCUUUCACUUUGAUGACAAGAGGCACCGAAGGAGCCUGGAUAAGAAAGAGAGAUCGUCGAAAGAAGAGCAUAAGAAAAGGGAGCUCAAGAACGGUGAACACCGGAACCGAGGUGGAAGCUCAAGGACAGAUGGGGCUGGCAGCCAGCAUGCGGAGAGCUUAGUAAGGAAUAAUGGGAAAGAAAAAGACUCGAGAAGGAAGCACAGCCGUGACGAGGUCUCCUCAGCGUGGCCGCAGACUCAGAGGCAAGGACGUGAAGAAACUGAGGAAAUUGAAAAGGAAGACACUGAUUUAGAAAACGUUGGAGCUGAUGAAUAUACGGCUGAUUUUGAAGACUAUGAAGACGACUUUGAGGUUUGUGAUGGAGAUGAUGAUGAUAGCACCAACGAGCCAGACUCUAGAGACAAAAUUGAAGAACUUCCUCUAGCCAGAAAAAGGGAGAUACAGGAAAUUCAAAAAGCCAUUAAUGCAGAAAAUGACAGGAUUGGCGAGCUGUCCUCGAAGCUGCUUCAGAAGCAAGAACGUGUGGAGUUUGAGCGGGACUCAGGGCCAGAUGCAAACAGUUCCCCUCCCAGAGCCCCUGUUUGUGGAUUUUUUGUGGAUUUUGCUACAGCCUCCCACCGUCAGAAGAGUCGGACUCAGGCCCUUAAGCAAAAGACGCGCAGCACAAAACUGCUUCGGCUUAUCGACUUGGAUUUUUCAUUCACGUUCUCGCUCUUGGAUCUGCCACCAAUAAAUGAAUAUGACAUGUAUAUCAGAAACUUUGGGAAAAAAAAUACCAAGCAGGCAUACAUUCAGUGUAAUGAAGAUAAUGUCGAGAGAGACGUUCAGACCGAGGAGAUAGAGAUGAGGGAGGCGUGGACCCAGCACCCAGGGGAAGGCGCGGCUGUGUCUGGGGGGGGCGAGAGCAGAGACCUGCCUGAUGCUAUGCUGCCACCAAAGGUCGACACGCCCAGACUGUCCAGCUUUCUCCGGGCGGCCUGCCAGGUGGUCGCGGUCUUGCUGGAAGAGGAUCGCGGGGCAGCGGCACCCGGCUCCAGCCCCGGGGCACAGGGCCGCACCCUGCCCUUCAGCGACAGUGCCACCCAGCUCGACACCCGCCUGCCGUUCCUGCAGCAUCGAAAAGUGUCCUUCCUGCACGCCUCUCCGGCUCAGAGACAGGCAGUGGUGUCGGUGCACGGUCGGCCGAAUGAGGCGCCGGCCUCCCUGCUGGACAGCAGAUACGUGCUGUGCCUGUGGGACAUCUGGCAGCCCUCGCGGCCGCAGAAGGUCCUGGUCUGUGAAUCAGAGGUCACGUGCUGCUGCCUGAGCCCCGUCAGGGCCUUCCUGCUGUUUGCAGGAACUGCGCACGGCUCGGUGGUUGUGUGGGACCUGAGAGAGGACUCGCGGAUGCAUCGCCGCGUGAAGCUGAGUGGCUGCAGCUGGACAUUCAGGACGGCGACGUUUUCCACUGAUGGCGUCCUCACGUCUGUAAACCACCGCAGCGCUCUGCAGGCAGUAGAACCUGUCUCAGCAUCCGUCUACAAAAAACAGAGUUUUGCACUUUCACCCUUUUCUUCUCAAGAAGAAAUGUCAGGUCUGUCAUUCCACGUUGCUUCCUUGGACGACGGCGGGGUCCUCAACGUGUGGGUGGUUGUGGAAUUACCAAAGGCAGAUAUUGCAGGUUCAAUAAGUGAUUUAGGGCUGGUGCCUGGAGGGAGGAUAAAGCUGGUGCACAGCGCUGUGGUCCGGCUGAGUGACAGCCUUUCCCAUAAAGGUGACGGACUUUGGGGGUCCACACAAACACUGAAUGUUAAAUUUCUGCCUUCCGAUCCUAAUCACUUUAUUGUUGGCACCGACAUGGGUCUGAUCAGCCACGGCACCAGGCAGGACUGGAAAGUGUCGCCCAGACUGUUCAAACCCCGGCAGGGUGACGUGCGCCCUGUGAAAGUGAACGUGGUUGAUUUCUCACCGUUUGGAGAACCAGUAUUCUUGGCUGGCUGUUCGGAUGGAAGCAUCCGGCUCCACCAGCUGACGUGCGAGCACCCUCUCAUGCAGUGGAGCGACAGCACCGGCGGCCACGCCGUCACGGGCCUGCAGUGGUCCCUGACGAGACCAGCCGUGUUCCUGGUCCAGGAUGACACUUCCUGUGUUUAUAUCUGGGACCUCCUGGAAAGCGACCUGGGUCCUGUAGCCAAGCAGCUCGUUUCUCCAGACAAGCUGGUGGCCAUGGCGGUCGUGGGUGAGCUGGAGAAGACCAGCGGUGGCUUCCUGGCCCUGGUGCUGGCCAGAGCCUCGGGCAGCAUGGACGUCCAGUUCUUGAAGAGGGAGUGGGUGAGCCCAGUGGCGGACGAGUGGAGGAGGCUGGAGCUGCUUCUGCAGGAAGCUGUUUAGGGCGAGCCUGGGUGGUGUUGAAAGGGCCCAGCUGCAAAGGACCAAAUUGCAGGAGGCGUGACUACACAGUGCGUGCUUUCUUAAUUUUUGAAAAACCUUCUUCACUGGGGUUCAUCAUUGGAGAGUAUGGUGGCAGAAAUAAUAAAAUGUGUCUUGUUUGACCAACAAGAUCACGUACUUCCUGGGUGUUGUGGAGGCUUACAUUGUCCAAAACAAACCACCUCCCUCCAGAUUAUCUUCAUCAAAUUUCUGCAAUCAUCUCUGAAGAAUACGCAAAAAUGUAUUUGAAGUAAUGGUAGAAUGUGCAAUUACUUCAUGCCACACCAUUCCCUGAAUGUUUAUUGCUGCAAUUAGAGAAAGAUUUCAUCCUCUAACUGUUGGCACGGUCACGUGAGCUGGUGUAUUAACUUUUGAUCGCGCCUUCGUUUUUCAAAAAUAAAGUACUGCGCAAUAAAUAUUUUGGCUGAUCCAUCAAACCAUGAACAUUUAAUAGAUGUUAUUCAUCAUUCCAUUGCAACUAGUACUCCUACAGAUUGUCAUUAUUUUAUGAAUAUGUAUAUGAAAUUACCACGAGCAGCGGCAGGAGAACCGUUAUAAAUGAAGCUAUAGUAAGUAAAUAAGUAUUUCUGAUGUUAAAUAAGUAUUUAUGUUUAUUAUUAAAUAC